AUGGAUUUGACAAUGUCUCUCGAACAACUAUAAUGCAUAGAAGACGAUCGAUAGUAUUACCAAUCGAUUAGUAAAUCGACUCAAUAGCAAUCGUAUUAGUCAAUAGCCACAUUAUAAUCUGAUCAGUCGAUUGAAUCAUUGGAAAAAUUGGUAUCGCAAGAGAUUGUUAAGGAUUCGAACUUGAAGCUUGAAUUAGAUCAAUUCAUAGGACUACUAUAGAAAGUGAAGCCAUCAAAUUUGAAAAAUGAGCUCUCAGUUGUGAUGAGCACGGAACAAGAGGAAUAUUACAGUUUCCAAUAAAAACAACCUUUGGAUAGAAAGGAGAUAAUGUUUGAAGGGUUUUAGAAAUGCUAUGUCGAGGCGAUAAAAAUAAUUAGCAAUUUAGUAAGAGAUUCGAAGGAAUAAAAUUAUAUAAUCUCUUAUUUGGAGAAGAUGCAAAUGAUUUAUAUUAUGCAUAUCUAGAGCUAUUAAGGCAUGGAAAAAUCCAUGAAUCUUCUGAAUAGUUUAAAGCAAACUCUAAUUGAUGCUGAUCAAGAAAUCACUCUAUUGCAUAACCAAACAGCAGAGCAAUAAUAGAUUCUGUAGAAGAUGUAAUUGUAGCUCAAACAAAGCAUGAGUGAACUCAAUUAAGAAAGGUUAAAUUCAUUGGAUUUAUAAUAAGAAGAUUUAGCAAUUAAGACACUUGAUUUUGAGAAGUUGUUGUAAACAGAACAAGAAUUGAAUGAGAUUGUUUCGACUUAGAGUUAGCAGAUCAAAUAAUUAGUUUAAACAAAUAAGAAUUUGAGAGAAGCCAUUGUAUUUGAUGAUAAGAGAUAAGAUAAUCCUAAGAGAGUCAAUUGUUCUCCAUUGAACUCGCAAAGGAAUACAGUUAACAGUAAUUAGGAGAAUCAGUAUAAUCAACUCAAUAAUCAGUUGACUCUUAAUAUUAAUACCCAAAGAGCAAACAAUAUAGAUAAAGGAAUCACGAAUACAUCUCCUUAACAAUCCCAGAGAUGUUAAUCUAAUAAGAGAGAAUGGAAUAAAUGUACCAAAGUAUUCAAAUGA